AUAGAGUCGAUGAAACCUGUUAUAAAAGGAAUCCAUCUGACCCACAAGUCUCUCCUGACUCUCACUCGCGCUCCCAAUACCACGCCAUCGUGCGCUCGCAACCAGAACAAGAACAAAAGAAGAGGUAGAAAUCAAAAUCUAGGUUAGGGUUAGGGUUAAGGUUAGGGUUAGGGUUUUGAAGAGUCGAAUUUGAAUCACGAAAAAAUGGCAUCGAUGGAUCCUGAGAUUGCGAAGACUCAAGAAGAGAGGAAAAAGAUGGAGCAACAGCUUGCAUCCCUAACUUCAGUUACUUUCGAUACCGAUCUCUAUGGCGGAAACAACCCAUUCGAGGGUUACGAGCAAUCGAUUCCUGUUAACGAUGAGGAAGAGAAUUUCGACGCCAUGGAUUCGGAGGUAGCCAGGAAAUUGGCUUCGUACACGGCCCCCAAAUCCAUUCUCAAGGAUAUGCCGAGAGGGGUCGAUGAAGACGAAUCGAUGGGGUUCAAGAAGCCUUCUAGGAUUAUUGAUAGGGAAGAUGAGUAUCGGCGGAGACGAUUGAAUCGGGUGAUUUCUCCGGAGCGACACGAUGCGUUUGCGAGUGGAGAUAAGACCCCCGAUGUGUCUGUGAGGACUUAUGCUGAUGUGAUGAGGGAGGAGGCUUUGAAGAGAGAGAAAGAGGAUACAUUGAGGUUAAUUGCUAAGAAGAAGAAAGAGGAGGAGGAGAGGAAAGCUUCUGGAGGAGGAGAAGAGAAGGAGAGAGAGCCUGCUGCUAAUGCUGCUUCGCAGCAGACCCAGAAGAGGAGGAAUCGGUGGGAUCAAUCUCAGGACGAAAAUAAUGCGAAAAAAGUUAAAACUUCUCAAUCUGAUUGGGAUAUGCCGGAUUCAACUCCAGGGAUUGGGAGGUGGGAUGCAACCCCAACUCCAGGAAGAGUUGGCGAUGCGACUCCUUCGCUUUCGAGGAGGAAUAGGUGGGAUGAGACUCCCACACCUGGUCGAUUGGCUGAUUCAGAUGCAACCCCUGCUGGUGGUGGCGUUACUCCUGGUGCUACCCCAGCUGGGAUGACUUGGGAUGCUACACCAAAGCUUGCUGGGCUUGCUACACCAACCCCGAAACGGCAGAGGUCGAGGUGGGAUGAGACUCCUGCAACAAUGGGUAGUGCCACACCAAUGGCCGGUGCUACCCCUGCUGUUGCAUAUACUCCUGGUGUGACUCCUGUUGGAGGGGUUGAACUUGCAACCCCAACUCCUGGAGCUAUUAAUUUGCGCGGUGCUAUAACUCCUGAACAGUAUAAUUUGUUGAGGUGGGAGAAGGAUAUUGAAGAGAGAAAUCGCCCGUUGACAGAUGAGGAGCUUGAUUCAAUGUUCCCACAAGAGGGGUAUAAGAUUCUUGAACCCCCACCUUCCUAUGUACCCAUUAGAACACCAGCGAGGAAGCUCCUUGCUACCCCAACUCCAUUGGGAACUCCUCUUUAUUCGAUUCCUGAGGAAAAUAGGGGUCAACAGUUUGAUGUUCCAAAAGAAUUGCCUGGUGGGCUGCCUUUCAUGAAGCCAGAGGAUUAUCAAUACUUUGGUGCGUUGUUGAAUGAGGAAGAGGAGGAGGAGUUGACUGCUGAAGAACAGAAAGAGCGAAAAAUUAUGAAACUUCUUCUCAAGGUCAAGAACGGGACACCUCCACAGAGGAAAACUGCUUUGAGACAGCUCACCGACAAGGCUCGAGAGUUUGGUGCUGGGCCAUUAUUUAAUCGCAUCUUGCCUUUGCUCAUGCAGCCCACAUUGGAAGAUCAGGAGAGACAUCUUUUGGUCAAGGUUAUUGAUAGGGUGCUGUACAAGUUGGAUGAGUUAGUUCGUCCUUAUGUACACAAAAUUCUGGUCGUGAUUGAGCCCUUGUUGAUUGAUGAAGAUUAUUAUGCCCGUGUAGAGGGGAGAGAGAUCAUUUCGAAUCUCAGCAAGGCAGCUGGCCUGGCAACCAUGAUUGCUGCAAUGCGUCCAGAUAUUGAUAACAUUGAUGAGUAUGUGAGGAACACCACUGCAAGAGCCUUCAGUGUUGUCGCUUCGGCACUUGGUAUUCCUGCACUGUUGCCAUUCUUGAAAGCUGUGUGUCAGAGUAAGAAAUCUUGGCAAGCUCGUCACACUGGGAUUAAAAUUGUCCAGCAGAUUGCUAUUUUAAUUGGCUGUGCGGUUCUUCCUCACUUGAGGUCUCUGGUUGAAAUCAUUGAACAUGGUCUCAAUGAUGAGAAUCAGAAGGUGAGAACUAUUACGGCGCUGUCUUUGGCUGCUCUUGCUGAGGCUGCUGCUCCAUAUGGUAUUGAAAGCUUUGACUCGGUUUUGAAGCCUUUGUGGAAGGGUAUUAGAUCACACCGUGGGAAAGUCUUGGCUGCAUUCCUGAAAGCAAUUGGUUUCAUCAUUCCUCUAAUGGAUGCCAUAUAUGCCAGCUACUAUACCAAGGAAGUGAUGAUUAUCUUAAUUCGUGAGUUUCAGUCACCUGAUGAAGAAAUGAAGAAAAUUGUGUUGAAGGUGGUGA